AUGCUACAGCCAGAUCUGGCUUCUAUGGCUGAUGCAAACCUGGAGAAUUUGCAUCAUCAUUCAGCAAGAGUAACUUAGUAUGACAGGCGAGCUUAAAUACAAGACCAUGCGGAAGCUGAGCUGGCUUCCAAUGACAGAGCAGCACCAAGGUAGCUGUGAGAAAGGGCAGGUGUUCUUCAGCAGCCUUCAGAUAGCAGGGAAAAGUUAAACAAAAAGAAAAAAAAGACACCUGAAGAGUUUUAUACCUGUUGGCACAAGUGGUUUGAAAAGACUACAAGCAGUGUGGGAGCGAGCUGUAAAAGUAAUUAGCUAGGCAAAGAGAGAGAGAGAAAGAGGAGAAAGAAAGAUCUGAAGAGCUUGCCGGAGAGUUUUUAGAAGUUCACUCUGGGGUGUGUGGGCAACACUAAACUAUGUUUAGGAAGGCUCCUGUCUCGGCAGUCUCUAAUGGCAGCUACCUGCAGGGAUCAGCGAAUGGCAAGUUGCCUUCACCGCACAAUGCCAAGGCAACUCAUGGAGACAAAGUGGUGCUGAAGAAGAAAAUCACUUUAUUGAGAGGAAUCUCCAUUAUAAUUGGUACAAUCAUUGGAGCGGGAAUCUUCAUUUCACCUAAAGGAAUCCUUCAACACACGGGCAGUGUGGGAAUGUCCCUGACUGUCUGGACUGUCUGUGGUAUCCUUUCACUCUUUGGUGCUCUCUGUUAUGCUGAACUGGGCACAAGUAUCAAGAAAUCUGGAGGGCACUAUACGUACAUCCUGGAAGCCUUUGGUCCAUUACCUGCUUUCGUAAGAGUUUGGGUGGAACUGCUCAUCAUACGACCAGCUGCAACAGCAGUAAUAUCUCUCGCAUUUGGACGCUACCUGUUGGAACCCUUUUUUAUGCAGUGUGAAAUUCCAGACCUUGCUGUUAAGCUCAUUACAGCUGUGGGAAUCACUAUUGUAAUGGUCCUGAAUAGCAUGAGUGUCAGCUGGAGUGCCCGUAUCCAGAUUUUCCUAACCUUUUGCAAGCUUGCAGCAAUUUUGAUAAUUAUAGUCCCUGGAGUUAUGCAGCUAAUUAAAGGAGAAACUGAGCACUUUAAAAAUGCAUUUGUGGGGAAUGCUGCCAGCGUUAAAGGAUUGCCCCUUGCUUUUUAUUCAGGAAUGUAUGCCUACUCAGGGUGGUUUUACCUUAAUUUCGUUACUGAAGAAGUCGAGAAUCCUGAAAGAAAUGUUCCACUUGCCAUUUGCACUUCAAUGGUUAUCGUCACAGUUGGCUACGUCUUAACCAAUGUGGCCUAUUUCACAACUCUUAGCCCUGUGGAUCUGCUAGCCUCCAAGGCAGUGGCAGUGACUUUUGCUGAACGUUUAAUGGGGAGUUUCUCCUUAGCGGUCCCGAUUUUUGUAGCCCUCUCUUGCUUUGGAUCUAUGAAUGGUGGCAUCUUUGCUGUUUCCAGGAUGUUCUACGUCGCAUCCCGUGAGGGUCACCUUCCAGAAAUUCUCUCCAUGAUUCAUGUUCGGAAGCACACUCCUCUACCAGCUGUCAUUGUUUUGUACCCACUGACUAUGAUCAUGCUCUUCACCAGUGAUCUCUACAGUCUCUUGAACUUCCUCAGUUUUGCCAGGUGGCUUUUUAUAGGCUUGGCUGUUGCUGGGAUGAUUUAUCUCCGAUAUAAGCGCCCUGACAUGCCUCGUCCUUUCAAGGUGCCACUCUUUAUUCCUGCCCUGUUUUCCUUUACCUGCCUCUUCAUGGUUGCACUGUCACUUUAUGGAGACCCUGUCAAUACUGGCAUUGGCUUUGCAAUAACACUGACUGGUGUCCCUGCAUACUACCUCUUUAUCAUAUGGGACAAGAAGCCAAGGUGGUUUAGACGGCUGUUAGACAGCAUAACAUCAACACUUCAAAUAAUUUUAGAAGUUGUUCCAACGGAGGAGAAUCUGACAUCAUGAUCUACUGUAGUUGGAGAACCAGUGUUGACCAAACAGCCUGUUCGUUCAUCAGCUGAGGAAAAGAGCUGUCCUCAGUUUCUGGAAAAUCUGGAAAAUUAUAUGAGCGUCAGUUUGAAUUCAUACUUGACAAGAACUAUAGAUGGAACAGUUUUAUGAUGUCAGUGUUUUACAUGUGGUAAUCUGGACUAUAAACAAAGGCAAUGGUCUUUGGAGAAGGUACAGAACCUUUGUGGAAUGAAGUGCAUCUUCUCCUCUUAUGGAAAUAGAGUCAGUGUAGUAUUGUGUCGUUACAAGGGUUCCAAUUUUUCACAUUGAUAAUGCUCAUUGUACUGUAAAUGAACAUUUGUUUUAAAAAUGUUCAAGAUAGCUAGAAAUAAUAUAAUAGAUGAUGUAGGAGCUUACGUUUUGAGCUUGAAGGAAGACAGACACUUUUCUUUUUUACACUACGCACACAGUAAUGUAUUCCAGUUACCUUCUCAGAUCUUUGAGGUAUGAACGGGCACCCUGAUACUUAGGUAGACAUAGCAAUAGAUGCGCAUAGAGACCUCCUCUUUAUGACUGGUGCUGACACAGCUCUGGCAACAUUCUGUGUGAUAUAAUGAUAUCCUACAGAUUUGUUCUGCUGUACUGCCUCAUUUGCAAAUCAACAUGGAUAUAUUAUACAAUCUGUUGUUGUAUUAGAUAGUGAUAAUUCAGCAGUGGGUGCUUCCAUGUGUGGCUUUGAUCACACAGUCAUCUUGCAUCAUUCAUGCAACCUUUUAGAGUGGGGAGAUCGCUUCCAUUAAUAACCUUCCCAUCUUUUCUGUCUUUUUUCUUCCUUUCCACCAAAAGAGAGAGAGAGAGAGAGAGAGAGAGAGAGAGAGAGAGAGAGAGACAUGAUUAGCUACAGAGUGUCUUCUGACAGGUGGGAGCAGAGCUUUUGGAGGCACCCUGAAUUAUUGUCGUUACCACUUUGUUGGCUGAAAGGGGUUUAUUAUUUUUAACUCCUGCCCUGGCUCUGUCAUGCCAUACCUUUGUGCCACUAGUACAAAGGGAAGUUUGUGUUGUUUUAACACAACAGUUGUAAGAAUGUAAGAAGCACACUUAUGUAUCAGGCCUUUGUAAUCUAGCAUUCUGUUCACACAAUAGAAAACCAGAUGGCUGCAAAAAGUGCCCAAGCAGGAGAUGAGUGCAAAAACACCAUCUCACUCAUACUUACAGCAACAAUAUAGUCUAAUUAAUACCUACUGUGAUAGCAUUAUGCUUCUUGAUGUUCCCACUGAACAUCACAAUGCAUCCUCUCUGGUUGCAUAUGCACAAUCUUCUGAGAUAGGGUAUAUCACCAACACAGCUUCAGUGUUGUGUUUCUUUACUGUAGAAGACCUUGUGAUUGAUGCUGUACAUGUAAGAACUCAUAGGACUGGACCAUAAGGGAAGGUAGAAUAUUCCAAGUAGGUUUUUUUUAAAGUAUAGUGAGUUUCCUCUAUAACUUAAUUAUUAUUCAGUCUGCUUUCACUAUGAAUUUUUCUUCUUCUUCAUUCAGUAUUUCCCAGUUUUAUCAAUGGGUUUAAAUGUGGCAGCUACCAAAACUUUAGUUAUUUCGGUUGCUAAAGCUUUGGAAUGUAGGACUUGUGGCCAGAACCCAAAGAACUGGGCAGAUAAUUAUGUGCACCUAAUGUUGUUUUGGGCUGCUGUUUCCCAAUGCCAAAUGGCAAACUGCAUUUGAAACUGAGCUGUGUUUUAAAAGUUGUUUACAACAUGAUCCAGUAUCUUGGUUUAAAUAGAAAGAGAGAUCUAAUUUUGAAACAAAGAGAGAAUCCACUAGGUGUGUUCAUGUACACCUCUGUGUUUGCUAACUAAAGUUUCAUCCCCUGUCUUGUAAGCUUUGUCUCAAGUAUAUCAACUAAACUAAAUUAAAUAAUAAAUUUAUCUGUCAAAAAUA